AUGCAGAAACACCAAAUUGCAUCUCCUCUUGUGAUUGCCGACUCAUCUUUACGACCAGCAUCCCGAUUUAGUACACCACAGCCAUCGAGAAGCAGCAAUGCCAGACAAUGGAGUGCGAGAAGCAUGUGUGCAGCUGCCAACGCCACACUAGGGUUCGAAAACCUCCUCGUCCUCUCCAACCGCCCGUCAUGGCGGACACGCGGCGUUCAAGCAGCGGCGAAUCUGACGGGGCUGGAGUUCACCAUCCCUCCACAGCCGCCCAACUCCAAAGCCACCGUUGAAGCAUUCAUGUCGAUAAGCCCCGAGGGCGAAAAGUCCCGGCCGGCGCUCGGGUCCGCGACGGCGUGGCUUGCACACAUCGACCUGCUCAAGCACAUCCUCUCGUCUGACCUCGAGACUGCCUUCAUCGUCGAGGACGACGUCGACUGGGACGUGCGCAUCAAGAACCAGCUGCGGCUCGUCUCAGACAACGUGCGCGCGUUCCGGCGCCGCAAGAUCAACCUGACCGACGAGGUCGUGGUCCAGGACAACGACGCCGAAAGUGACCCCAACGACAACACCCCCUAUGGAACGGACUGGGACGUCCUGUGGCUCGGACACUGCGGCUCGCUCGGCCACGACGACGACAAGCACCGCCGGCCGCUGCCCUACGAGGACGAGUCCCGCGUGCCCGGCGACAAGUUCACCGGCUGGUCGCGCGAUUACUUCCUCGAGGAGACGCCCGAGGGCCACCGCGUGGUCCAGGAGUCCCGCAUGACCAUCUGCACGUUCGGAUAUGCCGUCUCGCGCCAGGGCGUGCUCAACGUGCUCGCUCAGGUCAUGAAGGGCGGCUACGAGGCCUUUGACGUCGCCCUGCACGCGCACUGCAGCGAGGGCCGGCUCAAGUGCGUCACCGUCUCGCCGGCCGUGUUCCACCAUUACGAGCCCAGCGCCGCGCACGGCUACGUCAGCCCCGUCAAAGAGGGCGACGGCAAGGGCAAGGCCAAGAGCGAGAACGAGUUUGAGGGCUUCAUGGGCACCACGGCCAACAUUGUCGAUAGCGCCAGGUGUCAUGCCCUGUGGGGGAAAUCAUGCUUGCCUUGA